UUGUACCAAAGAAAAAACCUGGGAAGUACAUGAACCCAGAAAAGGGCGGAUCUGCUUUUGUCAACUGCUUGCUGGUCAUGGAAUCUGUGUGGCCCCUACUUUUCUUCCUGGAAGUUCUUAACAUUUUCUUGUCGUUUCAGACAGCACAGGAACUGCAUGAUCCGAGCUUCGCUCGUUCAAGAUCGCAUUGUCCGAGCCAAUUUAUACAUGUUUGUGCUACAAACAAAUCUGUAUGGCACCCUGCUUGCUGUAUAACAGAUCAAAUCAAAGGAAGUGGAAAACCAGAGAAGAAAACAGACGCAAAAGAUUCCAACUUUGUGUUUGUUUGCAGUUUUGAAAGAGGAGGCAGCCAGCAUCAUGGAACUGCCUGCAAGAAUCAUACCCAAUCCACACCUAUUGCAGACUGAUGAUCUGCUCAAGCAUAUCAUGGAGACUACUGUGUACCCAAGAGAGCCACAAGUCCUCAAGGAGAUUAGAGAUGCAACUGCCAAAGAUCCCCGGUCACCAAUGGCUGCUGAUCCACACGCUUCACAGUUCAUGAGCAUGCUUCUGAAGAUGCUGAAUCCAAAGAGAACCAUCGAGAUCGGAGUCUACACUGGCUACUCCCUCCUCGCCACUGCCAUUUCCACUCCUCCUGAUGCCAAGAUCACAGCAAUAGAUUCAGUGCGAUCAUGGUACGAAAUCGGGCUGCCCUUUAUCAUCAAAGCAGGAGUUGAACACAAGAUCGACUUCAUUCAAUCUGAAGCUCUCCCAGUCCUCGAUCACCUUCUACGAAAAGAAGGGAGCUUUGAUUUCGCGUUUGUGGACGCGGACAAGCAGAACUACGGCAACUACCACGAGCGGCUGAUGGAGCUGGUGAAGAUCGGCGGCGUGAUAGUCUACGACAACACUCUCUGGGGUGGCACGGUGGCGAAGCACGACGGUGACGUUCCCGAUGAGAAGAAAGAAGGAAAGGCGUUGGCAGCGGAGUUCAACCGGAGGAUCGCCGCCGAUGGCCGCGUCGAAAUCUGCCUGCUUCCGUUGGGCGAUGGGAUCACCAUCUGCCGCCGCAUUUCCUGAACGAAUAAUUAAUGUAGUUAGUCCAAUGCCUUUUUUUGGUUUUUCCUUUGGCUUUCCCCUAGCGUUUUCUUAUUUGGAAAUAUAUAAAACCAAAAUUUAAGGUUAUAUUGGUAUUUAAACCAUUGUAGAUUUGACAUGACAACAUGACGCUCAAUAUGUCAUUGCAAUUAUGAAAGAGGAUUGUAUAAAUGUAGUGAGCACUUGUAAAAAUGCAACUUUAUAUUUGAUGAAAUUCAAGAUGUAAGCCACAUAAGGAAAUAGAAACAUUAAUGAAUUUAUUUCUCACUAAAUAUUCAACCACUUGGUCCCACCAUACAUGCAAUUACAAAUAAAUUACAUUGAUCUAGAUACGAUGAAAUGAUAUGAGUUGAGUUGCAUAAAUAUUAAAUAUAAGGUGACAAUAAAUCUUAUUAUUUUUAUAAUUGCAUUGUUGUGGAAGAUCUUACUAUUCAGGUUUUUACUUUUGCCUAAUAUGCACAUGUGAUAAUCUUAUAGUAGUUUUUUUAUAGUACUUUCAAACUUAAAGAGUAAUGUCUGUAAAACCUAUUUUGUUUCAUUUUUUUUUAUUAUAUAUCAAAAUCAUGGCUUAGGAUUACUAUUUGUUGGGGGAGAAGAAAAAGACCCAAUAAAAAAGCCCAAAGGAUGAGAUGGGCAGGUAACAUGAAAGAGGCCCAGCUCAGUGAUGGUUGUGGGCAAAGCUGGCAAAGUGAGGACCGUUCGUUGACACGAAGCGCAUGACGACAAAAGAGAGUAACGACCAAAAGUGUACGGAGGGCACAAUAAAGGAGGUCAGGCGCCUCGAAUCUCUGAGCUUCGUGUCAGAUGGUCGAGGCACAUGGUAAAAUGAAAGUACGAGGCAUUAAUUGCGGUGAUGACAUAGGGCGGAUUUGGGGGGGCAACGGUCGGCCAGCCUCGGGUUAUAAAUAGCCAAGUAGGUGAACCUCAUUUACUCAGGUUAGGCUCUCUCACUAGAAAUUUGCUCUACUUCUCUCCCUAGAACGAGGUGCUAACUUAAUCGUCGGAGUGCUAACGAACCUCGAAGGUUCGCUGUGCGCCUUUCGUGUAAGAUCAACGCGUGGGGCGGGGAUUUGGCCUACGUGACGAAGGCGCAUAAGGAGAGGGAAUUACUCGGCUCAAACACUAUUCAUUAAAUUAAUUUUUUUAUAUGUCUUUCAUUUAUUUCCUCUAUUUAGUUGAUUUUUUUUUCUUCAUAUUCUCUAUUUUCCCUCUGUUUUGUGAUUUUUUCUUGCUACUCUUUGCAUUAAUCUCUCUUCCUUGUCAAUUGUCACUCAAAAACAAUAAACUGACGCAUCUUUCUGCAACCUAAUUCGCCCACACAAGGCAGAGGAAAAAACGGGACAAUAGCCACGUACCCAACUCAUGACUCAUGAUUCACAUCCCCGCCGAUCCACUCAACUCAACAGCAUCGUUAACAAUGAUGGACGAACCAGAACUUGCUCACAAAAAUACCAUGAAAGUUCCUCCUCAAUUUACAGUGACAGACCAGAAUAGAAGUCUUUCAUCCAU